CUUGGAGGAGCGAGGCCGCGAGGGAGUUGUCUCCUACUGCGAGCGAGAAGGGAAUUUUUUUUUUGGGGGUUCGGAAAUCCGCUCAGCUCUCGACUCGGCGAGGUGUGUCGAUCCUCCGACCGAAUACUCCUCCGCCGGCGACGUGCGAGCUCCUCCCUUCGCACGCAGCAGGGGAGGGCACCCGCGAAGAGGUAGCGGAGCGGAGCGGAGCAGAGCCGGCGGCCAUGGACACGAUGCGCGGCGCGCUGGAGCGGGCCAAGAUGCUGGUGGGCAUGGAGGUCGACGAGGAGUCCGGGCUGCCGUCCCCUGAGGAGCAGUCCUUCUUCGACGACAUCAACCGCAACUGCACCCUCAACACCACCCAGAGGCUCUACGGUUUCGCGAUUUGCUUGGCUGCCGGCCUGACGUGCACCUUCUUGUCAAUGAUUGUUUUCUUCAAUCCGGUGAAAUUUGGGGUAACAUUCACCCUUGGCAACUUGAUGGCCCUUGGAAGUACAGCAUUUCUUAUAGGCCCCAAAAGGCAGUUUGAUAUGAUGCUUGAUUCAGUGCGAAUAUAUGCCACUGCUAUAUACAUUGCAAGCAUCAUAAUUGCUCUAUUCUGUGCUCUCUAUGUUCACAGCAAGCUGUUGACUCUACUGGCCAUCAUUUUGGAAUUUGGUGCCCUUGUUUGACAUGUUUAAACGUAUAAAGGGGAGUGAUUAACAAAACUGAAGUUCCAAUCGGUGGUGCUUCCAGGUACAGCCUUAGCUACAUACCUUUCGCAAGGUCAAUCGUGUCGAAAGUGAUGACAUCCUGCUUCGACACUGAUUUCUAGAGCAACAUCGUCGGCUGCCUGAGUCUCAGCAGACAUCGGCGGGUAAUCUAGUCGGUAAUCUAGUGUGUACUUCUGACAGAUGAGGAGGGAGUCACCUCACCCCUCCAACAGGCGCUUGUAAUCACUGUGAAUCGAGUUCGUGUGCAUUUGGUUACGCUAGACUAGAAGAUUGUGGUAAUACCCCUUUGAUGCACUUGCAUGUGCAAUCCAAGCUUCAGUUUGUUUGGGCCUUCCAUCUGCUGUGCAGUGCUCGAUCGACGCAUCCACCAUGGAUUUAUAGAACAAAACAUUUGUUGUAUCGUUUGCUGAGCGAUUGCUGUAAAAAGUUUCAUCACAGAACACUGGUAGUAUGUUGAUACGCUUGAUUUGCAGAAUGGCGUUGAUGUUGAUA